CACGCGCAAAUGCGCGAGUUUCGGAUUGAUUGCGACACUCAAACACAUUUAAGCUCAUUGCUAGAAAUCUUAAAGUGUCCUCUGGCCGUACAGGCACAAAUAGACCCCGAAUCACCUUUCACUGUGUGUUAAUAAACACAUUAGAUCGAAUUCCAAACACCUGCACCCGGGGUACUGCUUGUGCGUAAAAUGGCAUCGGGGGAGGAGGGUGUGGGGGCUUACACCAAAAAAUCAAUAUGCACAUCUGCUGUCAGGGGGCAGUUGGGUUCACCUGAGGCGACUCACGUGCCCCUUUUGUCGCAAAAGAUAAUUUGAGCCGCUGUCUGUGCUCCAGAUCCGUCUUACCUCUGCAUACCUUCAGUAAUAGUGCGCAGACCGAGUUGCAUUUCCACAUUCCAUUGCCCAGACUGAGUUUUUACCUGUUUUGCAAUCGCUCACCUUGAUGCAUGAACAUCAGACCUGCUUUUAUCCUUUCCUUUCCUUCUCUGCUGUCUCAGUCACUCAACACCACUGGAUCACCCAGGUCGACGCAAAUCCCCCCUGUGAUCACGUCGUUCUGCAUUUUUGUGCACGUUCAAAGCGGUCGUAAAUGCCUGGAAUGCAUUUGGUGGACAGUGUAACCGGAGACAUUGAAACAUUCUGAUAAAUGAGUCUAAUGUGGAUAAAUGAACAGCAGAUCAUCAAACGUCAGAGCGUCACCGUCAUAAACCCUCUCAUAUAAUUGUCACCCCUGUAGCUGUGUUGUGACUUUAUUUUACUUUUUUUCCUAGCUCUGGGAAAUACAAUUUUCAAGAUGUACGUAGCCUCAAUAAAAAAAAAAAAAAACAGAUAGCGCCAGCCCUCCCCGUGAGCACUUCGUGUGGAGUGGAGCGUGUAACGGACUCCCAGGUCUCUACAGAUGCUCAUAUCAUAUAACGGUGUGAAGCUCAGAUAUUUGGGAGGGAAGUUACCUGCCUUUGUGUUGACUAAGCCCCGGCAGUUAGAUCAUUCCUUCCAUCCCUUUCUCUCCGUGCCUAAAUCUUUCAUGGUACCCUCUUCAUUUAAAAUGACUGGAGCCUGCAGGUGUUGAGUGAGGCUGACGAUGCCGAGGCGAUAAAAGCCCUCCACUCUCCCUAAGCUCUGCUCCAAGGCCCCACGUAUUUGAUUUCUCUGCACAGAUCCAAUCUCGGACAACAAGAGUUCUAUUUUUACACCCCACCAUUCACUCUGGGAUUUGUUUUAAGUAGACAUGGAGUUUGUUUUUGUUUUUUUUUUUACAGCAGGGUUACAAAUGAGUAUUUAAACAUUACGGGGUGAAGGCCAUGAAAGACAGCAGCAGCACAGAUUUAAUGUAUAGGAGACGCUUAUAGGAAAAGUAUAUUUAUGACUUUAUGGAAAUAUAAUAGGAACAUUGGCUUUAAUAGAUCUCACUGUUAUUGUAUAUAUGGACUUAUCACUGUACGCUCUACUACACAGUAAUACACACAAAUAUUACAGGAAUGACUGAAAGAAUGCUGCGGGUUAAUAUUACACAGAGUGGUUGAUUAUGAAUGACAUUUACUGAUUUUUUGCACAUGGAGCUGUGAUUAUGAUGUGAGGGCAGCCAGCGUCUGUUUGUUUAUUUUUGGCUGGAUGGUGGUGCUGCUGGUGGUGGAGGGUUCUGCGGCGGGGAAGUGCGUAUGUUGGGGGUGGUUGAGGAGGUGGAGGAUGAAUGAAACCUCCUGCGCAUCCAAACGUCCAACGGGGAUCGGAUCAGUGUCACACCAUUGUCCCGCUGUGGCAAAGUGGGCGGAUAGCAGUGUCUCUCCCUGCCCAAUGGCAAACACGACUCUCAUGAGAGUGGAGAGAGGCACUUUUCUGCCAUGCAAAAUCCCUAAAACCAUCAUCAUCAUCAUCAUUCCGGCGCAGGAACCCACAGUCCUGAGUGAGAGCCUCUGCUGCUCAGAGAUGACAGAGCCAAUCUCGGCGCACACACGGCCCUGGGAGCUUGGAGCUGCGUAGCGCCGUGCCAAAGACACGCGGAGACGCACGGCACACGUUUUUCUUCUUGUGCGAAAAGGACCUAAAGCCGUGAUUUAAGGGAUUCUUUCCUAAUCCUUUCCGCGCCUUCUCACUGAGUCCGAACGUAGCCAUUUGCUCCAUGUCAUCAUGAUCAUCUUCUCGUCGCGCAGUGUACUGCUGUCAGUCUACUAUCCGCAGAUCUUCCUCAUCCUGACCAGUGGCAGCUACCUGGCCCUGUCCUCGGUGGUGGCUCUGGGCGCCAAUAUUAUCUGCAACAAGAUUCCCGGGCUGGCACCUCGUCAGCGGGCCAUCUGCCAGAGCCGCCCAGACGCCAUCAUUGUUGUGGGUGAAGGCGCACAGAUGGGCAUCAAUGAGUGUCAGUACCAGUUCAGAUAUGGACGCUGGAACUGUUCGGCACUGGGGGAAAGGACAGUCUUUGGCCAGGAGCUUCGAGUAGGCAGUCGGGAAGCAGCAUUCACCUACGCCAUCACAGCAGCAGGAGUGGCCCAUGCCAUUACUGCGGCCUGCAGCCAGGGCAACCUGAGCCAGUGCGGCUGCGACCGGGAAAAGCAAGGAUAUUACAAUCAAGAGGAAGGCUGGAAGUGGGGAGGGUGCUCUGCUGACAUCAAGUAUGGAAUCGAGUUCUCCCGACGAUUUGUGGACGCCAGGGAGAUUAAGAAGACACCACGUCGCCUGAUGAACCUUCAUAAUAAUGAGGCAGGGAGAAAGGUUCUAGAAGAGAGAAUGAAGCUGGAGUGCAAGUGUCAUGGCGUUUCAGGGUCCUGCACCACCAAGACCUGUUGGACUACACUUCCCAAGUUCCGUGAGAUUGGUUACAUCCUAAAGGAAAAAUACAAUGAAGCCGUGCACGUGGAGGUGGUCCGGGCCAGCCGACUGCGACAGCCAACUCAUCUAAAGGUAAAGCAGACGCAGGGCUACCGGAAGCCCAUGGAGACAGAUCUCGUCUACAUCGAGAGGUCGCCUAACUACUGCGAAGAGGACGCAACCACGGGGAGUGUAGGAACCCAGGGACGCCUGUGCAACCGCACGUCGCCACACACAGACGGCUGUGACCUAAUGUGCUGCGGCCGGGGCUACAAUACACACCAGUACACCAAAGUGUGGCAGUGUAAUUGCAAGUUCCAGUGGUGCUGCUUCGUGAAGUGCAACACGUGCAGUGAGAGGACGGAGGUGUUUACCUGCAAAUAAGGACAGAAAAGACUGAAUGCCAGGAAUUUAACACACCGCGUACAAGCUGGACGAGCAGGCACCAGGAAGAGCGAGCUACAUGUGUGACUGGGACCAGUAGAGAUUUGAUAUAAAUGCAAUGAAAAAGAAACUAUCAGCUCUUCGUGGCAUUGUUUUGCACAGCAAUUUUUUUUUUAAUCUAACAGCUUUUCAGAACGUAAAUGCUAAAUAUCAGUAAGUAGUUCCCCAGAACUUUACUGUCACAUACCAGAUAUGCUCAUGUACUGAAGUAUCCACAGUGACAAUGGGACUACAGGUAAUGAAUGAGGACCUCGGCAGUAACUGUACUUUCUUUUACGCUCUGUGAUUUGUAACUGUUUACUUUCACACGAGACUCGUACAUGGAGAGAAGACGCCGCAGCCUGGGCCUGGACCAAACUGAUGGGUGCUGGUAAGAGGUGACUGAGAGAAAUCUUAUUGAGUCUUAAUCAAAAACCUUCAAGGGUUUUAAGGUGUUGUUGUUAAAAAGGGGAACAAAAGUGAAUUCUUGACAUGAAUUCCCCAUCCCAAAGCUAUUUGGGGCUUGUGUUGGAGGUUUGCAGAAAUAAAGAACAUUUGUAAGUAUGGUGCAUCAGGUUGUGCCAAAAUCUGAGAGGAGGACUCUGUUUAACCCACUGCUGCCAACUGGAAUAUUGUGGAGUAUGUUAGUUUUCCAGUCACACUGGAACUGUCUGUGGUGAACACUGAAAUAAAUUGUUUAUUUAUGUUAUAGUAUCUUAAAACAAAGCACUAACGGGUAGAGAUGUCUUUUUUGUACUAAGUGUAAAGAAAGAUACUUUUUAGAAACUCUGGUUCAAGAUGUGUAUCUAUUAUAAAUGCCCCUCCCCCACCCCCCCUCCACUCCAACCCUGAGCCCCUUAAAUAUCUCCUAUUUUCUUAAAAAAGAAAAACUGGAAAAAAUACAAAUUUUAAGUGUGUUUCAUAUUAAAACCACUUGGUAUUAUUUACCUUUAGCAUUGUUUGUGCUGAAAUAAUACUUAUUGGAAUGUUGUUGCAAUAUCACUUAAAAGACCGUGGCACGAAAAAGUAUUUCCUCAGUCCAUUAAACAUGAAGCUGAAA